AGGCUUCUCCUAUAUACUUGGGUGGAAGACAAGUAUAGAUUGAGGAAGGAAGUCCAAAUCCAGAGCAAGAUAUGGGUGAUUCUUUCCCUAUAGAUAUAAAGCUUCCUGAACUUUGUUUCAACAUUGGAGAGGAACCAAGAUCAGAUGUGAAGAUAAACCAGUUUCCAAACUACGAUGCUGUCAUACAAGUAAAAAGCAUCCUCUCAGUUGCGGAGUAUGAGAGGAUCAAGAAUUCGUUCCUGGGACCUAUUUUGAAGGUUAUCAACAGAGGACUGAUGAUGUCUGGGAAGAUGGUGCACUAUUUUCUGAGCAGGAGUUUAAAGGUAUCAAAGGAUAAUGAACUAUGGAUGCAUUUUGGAGGACAACCAAUGAGAUUCUCAAUAAGAGAAUUUCAUAUGGUCACUGGAUUGAAAUGCACUGAAUGGGGAGCUAAUGAAGAUCAACGGCAGAAUCGCUAUGACUGGGCUAACACUGAAGAUGCUCACACAUAUGAAGAUCUUUUGGAUAUUCUACAAGAAACUAAUCCAGAGGCAUCAGAUGAAAGAUUCUCUCUUGCGAUGGUGAUCCUUAUCGAAUGCAACUUCUUUCAGAGGUGCAAAGGUAACAAGCUUCCUGCAAAAAACCUUAAGAGAGCUCAGCAUCUGGAUGUCUUGGCUAAUUAUCCGUGGGGGAAAGAUGCUUAUAAUAUUCUAAUUAAGUCAGUAAAGAAGAAUGUCAAAUUAAAUCUGAUGAAGCAUAAAUAUGACUUACAUGGAUAUCCGUUGGCACUGCACUUGUGGAUUCUAGAGUCUGUUCCUAUGUUAAAGUCAUCUUUCAGCACAUUGAGUGUAAUUGAGCGACCAUCAGCAUAUCUCUGUGAAAAAUACACAUGUACAGUUAAUCCAUCGAUUGCUCAAGUGGAGAACAUUGAAGCAUCAAACCAUCUCAAGGUUAUUCACAUAUUACCAUCGAUACCCGAUGAUACAGAAGAUACAGUCUUCUUGGAAGACACUCCUGAUCAAGAUUUGAGUAUGUUAACAGAUGUACUGAACAAGGGAUACAAAUUGACACUUGAAGACUGGAGAAAAAGAGCAUUGGAUGUUGGUGCAGUGAUGGAAGAUAUUGCUAGGAAUUCUUACCAGUUACGUAACAAGGAGACACUAAAGCCAUCCUCUUCUGGAGAGUCACUAAUGGAGAAGCUAGAUAAACUUUACAACAUGGUUACGGAUGGGUUCAGAGAUAUCAAUUGCCGGUUAUCGAAAAUAGAGGAGAGUCUGAGAAAUUAUAAACCUACCAAUACAGACGAUCAGGAGCAACACCAAGAUAGUGGAAUGUCUCCAGUUGCCAGUUCUCCAAUCGCUGAACAAAGUACAGAUAAUGUGACUCAAGUUUCUGACUCUCAGAUUCCUACGGAGAGUGGUGAUGGGAUCCAUCCGACUAACAAUUCUCCCACUGAACAAUAUACAUGUGACUUUCAGAUUCCUACGGAGAGUGGUGAUGGGAUCCGUCCAACUAACAAUUCUCCCACUGAACAAUAUACAUCUGAGACUCAGAUUCCUAAGGAGUGUGGUGAUGGGAUCCGACCAUCUAACAGGUCUACCACUGAACAAAAAACAGUGCAUGUGGCUCUGACUUCUGAGACUCAGAUUACUAAGGAGCAAUCAUUGAUUGACUGUGCACAGUUGCUGCAAGAAGUUGAAGUUAGGUGUGAGAACAAAGGGAGCAAAGGAAUAGUGCGAGCAAUUCAUGAUACAGGAAUCAGUGUUUUAAUGGACAAAUCAAAGAAAGAAGAAUUUUUUGGAAAAGAACAAAUACUGUUUUUCCAUAGAGAGAAAGAAGGUGAACUAAAUCAGAAAGAGAAGGAAGGUGAACCAAAUCCAGAAGUUUUAACUGUUGAGUUCUUUACUCCAAGCGAAAACCAAACAGAGAGGUUCACCCAAACCGAAAAGCUCGAUUCAGAAGCUCAGAUGACCCAGAAGCUUGAUUCAAAAGCUCAGAUGACCCAGAAGCUCGAUUCAGAAGCUCAGAUGACCCAGAAGCUCGAUUCAGCUGUUGAUGGCGAUGAGGAGAACCUUCCUCAGGAAGGUGAUGAUGAACUGAACCUUCCUCAGGAAGGUGAGAACCUUCCUCAGGAAGGUGAUGAUGAAAAGAACCUUCCUCAGGAAGGUGAUGAUGAAGUGAACCUUCCUCAGGAAGGUGAGAAUCUAAAUGAUGGUCUUGAUGAAGAAGAAGAUCAUGUACCAGAAGGAGUGAGCCCAAAUGAUGGUGAUGAUGAAAAAGAAGACAAACAGAAUCCACAAGAUGAAGGACCAUCAUUUGAUCUUAAAUGUUUUAGUUCACCUGAGGUAUCACCAAGAAACCCUGCCACAUCUGUUAUUCAUCCAAUGUUCAACCCUUUCCUGUCUCCAUCUUUCAAUGAUAUUAAAGAAUUAAAUUCUUGGAAGAGCUCAAAUAUCAGAACAGGGGUAAUAACGGAUACAGAACCAUUAACCUCACAUUGGAUACAUUUGCUGGGAAGACCAAAGAAGAAAUUGCAAGAAACGCAUAUUGAUGCAGCUUUGGGAUUACUUUGGUUGAGAAGAAACAAGGAUCCCAUUUAUUUUCACAACAAGAGACUUCCGAAAUCAACCUUUGUGAAGCCAGACUUCUUUUCAAAUUUGAAAGCUGGAUACUUCAGUUUCAAGGAGGAUAAGUUUAAAUCACAACACGUGUUUCCAAAAGAAGUCACUGAUAUUGUGAGUGGGAAGUUGCCUUCGGUUUGUCAUCCUACUGAGAAGUGGCAGGAUCUCGAGGGAGUUUAUGGUAUUGCCUAUAACUCUAAAUACAAACAGUACAUUGGUAUGGAAAUAAGCUUCAAGUCCAGGAAGAUUACUGUUUUUGAUUGUAUGUAA